CGGGUUCCCGCGGCUCCGGGUUCCCGCGGCUCCGGGUUCCCGCGGCUCCGGGUUCCCGCGGCUCCGGGUUCCCGCGGCUCCGGGUUCCCGCGGCUCCGGGUUCCCGCGGCUCCGGAGCCACGUGGUUUGGGCCAUGGCGGGGCGGCUGCUGCGCGGCUGCGGGCGGGCGGCCGGCUGGGUCCUAGUGCUCCGCAGCCUUCCCACCGCGCCCGGGCCGUGUCUCCGCGGCGGCUGCGGGGAGGUGGCGGCGCUGCGGGCCAUGGGCUUCAGCGAGGAGCAGGUCCGGCGGCUCCUGGGGCUGCAGGCCCCGCUCGGCCCGCAGCGCAGGGAGGCGGCGGCGGCGCAGCUGCUGCUGCUGGGGCUCAGCGCCGAGGCCGCCCUGGCCCUGCUGGAGCGAAGCCCGGCGCUGCUGCGGAUGCCGACGGAGCGGCUGCAGGAGCGCGCCGCCGAGCUGCGGCGCCUGGGGCUGGACGGAGGGCAGCUGCAGCGAGCGCUGGGCCGCUGCCCGCAGCUCUUCAGCGCGCCCCGGCGGAGGAUGGCGGCGGCGGUGCGGCUGCUGCGGGAGCGCUGCCUCUUCACGGCCGAGCAGCUGCGGGAGGUGCUGGGGACCUGCCCCGCCGUGCUGCUGGAGGAGCCGCGCCGCCUCCACCACCACUUCCAGUACGUGUACUUCAGGAUGGGCGUCUCGCAGAAGGAGAUGGUGAAGGCCCGGCUGUUCCAAAUGCCCUUCCCCGAGCUCAGGAACCGGCACAUCUUCCUGGAGCGCCGGGGGCUCUACCAGACCCCGUACAAAGGCCAGACCCAAACCAGUAACCCAAAACUGAAGGACAUCCUUCAGCUCCCUGAGAAAGACUUCCUGGCCAGCCUGGCCUGCGCCACCGCGGAGGAGUAUGAUGUCUUCAAGAGGCUGCUGGCUCGGGAGGAGGAGGAAGAGGAGGAGGACGAAGAGGACAGGAACGCACGAUACGCAGAAGGAGAUGAAGAUGUGGACAGCGAAGGAAGCGACACAGCCUGAGAGUGAGGAGGUGAGGCUCCAGUGCCCCAGCCCUCCCGUGCUGACACACUGCACUUGUGGGGCCGCUGGGCUCCCAACCCACACAGGCCUGAGCCAUGAGUGCUGUAGGGCUCCGUGUGCAGGGCAGCAAUAAAUUCCGUGUAUCAGAAUACAACAAUAA